UUCACGCGGAGUCGGCUGGAUACCAGACAGUCGGGCCGGGAGAGACGUGUCGUCUCUCUCGGCGAUGGACUCGUCGCGACGCUGGCAGCGUAACUCUGUCGUCCUCGAGCAGGCGCGCGUCAACAUGUGGCCUGCAGGAGAGCAUCACCUCGGCGUCCACUGGAUGAGCGGGCUCGAGUGGAACAAGGCGGAGCUGGACCGCCGCAUCGCCGCAGGCGAGUUCUCCGCUGCGCAAUGCCUCUCGCGGCUGACCGACGGAAUGCCAAACUUCCACGGCCCGAUCAACGGGCCCGGUCGUCCAACGCUGGCGACCAAGUGGAAGCAGAGGGUGAGUGACGCGUCCGCGGAGGACAUCGACGCGCACGUCGCGGCGUUGCGCGAGCACGUCGCGAGGCAGGUCGCGCAGCGGCUCGGUUUGCUCCACGACGGCGACGCCGCGACGAAGAAGCGCGGCGCGGAUGACGCGGCGCGCAGUGCGCCGACACCUGCCCCGAAGCGUGCGCGCACACAGGGGGGCGAGGCGGCCGCCACGUGGGCCUGCGGCCUGCGCAUUCAGGGCAAGCCAGGCGACCCCACGCCGAGCGGCCAACCGCUCACCACAAAGAUCUUCGUGGCGAAGGCAAACAGCGUGCAAAAAAACCAGCAGGAGCAGCUGGCAAGGAUCAAGAAGGGCGAGCUCUCCGUGGACUACGCCCUCUCCUGCAUGCGCGAUGGCGGCCCGCUCCGACGGAACUGGGGAGCGGCGGCCGACGCGGCGGUGCGGCAGCACAUCGACGCGCUCUGCAAGUUCCUGCGCGAGAUCAAGGAGCAGGCGCGAGCGGGGACGUACGCGUGACGAGUUCUGUUGGGAGUUCCGCGGUAGGCUACACAUCUAGUUGUGCGAUGGGCAAUACGUUUCGAGCCCGAUGUAAUGCAUGUGCGCGCUUGCGCUUCGUCGAGGGCGGCUGCAUCGGCUGUCCUUGUGGUGUCGUGAACCACGCUGAGUUGUGCGCUGGCCGGCACCUGGCCCCCCGGGGGUUGUUGCGGGUCGUGUUUCGCGAAUCGCGAUGGUACGUGACAUGCACUCUGCAGUAUUGAGCGUGUGUCUUGAGGGAGUUGAGUGGGUGGUAGCAUGGAG